CUCCUUACCGGGAAGGUUUAAUUUUAUGGAUUGGGAUGCUUUGGUCCCUGAGGCGAUUACGUUUAAACAGCAGAAGGACGGUAGAACCUCAAAAAAGGAUAAAAAGCAACCCGUGCGGUGUGGCCGGUGAUUACACCGUUGACUUCCUAAUAAGGACUUUUAGUGUCAAGAAGAUAUAUUGAACCCGUGAUGAUACAGAACGGUAAUCACGCUCUUUGAACCCAAUUUGUGUUGAAACAGUGAUUUAUAUUCAAUUGAGUGCCAGAAGUUUGUUCGAAAUGAUUCUGUCGCAGGUCAAUGUCUUCGGCAUGGCCAGUUCCUGGCUGGUGAUUAAUUGUAUCCUUCACGAUUUGACGCAAUCGAUAACAACGACUGUUUCCGGUGUGGAGUUGGAAACGUUUGAUUACUGUAUCAAAGCAAGUCCCUCUGCUGGACUGCUGCAGUGUGCCGGAGAGCAAGCGUUGGCAUCGUUGCAGUUCAUGGAGGAGGCCAACAAUUUGACCCUGGGCAGGGGAAUAUUGAUGAUCAAGGACGACAGCAAUCCCGCAGCGCGGAUAUUGCCCAACUUUUUGGAUCACGAUCCGUUAGAUUUUCGAGGAAUUUUGGAAAACGCUGGCGCCGUCAUAUCCCAGCGGCAGCUCAUGUGGGACAUGGGCAUCAUCUAUCCAGGGCUGAAGCUCAAGAUUGGUCCCACGCUGGGGGCGAACGGCGUGCUGGAGUUCGUGAUGGAUCCCGGCAGCACCGGACACAACGACGAGCGAAGCUUCUACGAGGAGAAAUCAACAGCUCGCAUCCUAACGCGCAACUUCGUGGUGCCGUUCCUGCUCGGUCUCAAGUUCAACCUGGCAACGCUACUCCCGUUGAUCUUCGGCGGGCUGAUUUUGCUGAGCAAGAAAGCUCUCAUCUUGGGUAAAAUCGCUCUGUUCGUAUCGGGCCUUUUCGGAUAUGGCAGCCUUUUUGCGCCCGGAAUCGGUUACGGGCUUGGUUACCCAGCGACGCCGUACGGUGGGCUCGGAGGAUACGGGCUUCACGGCAGACCACCACCGUACCGGUACGGCGAUGCGUUGAGCGAUAAACCGGACUGGGAAAGCCAUCAUCACCAUCACCACAAUCGACCGCAGAGUGAUGCCGUGCAUCAGAGUUAUGGUUAUGGUGAGGGAGUGUCGUCGGUUUCGACGCAAGCGGAUGAUGUUGUGAGCGCUGGUUAUUAUAAGAAAAAGGAUAAAUUCUUGAACUUAGAUGAGCGACUGGAGCCCCAGUCGUCGAUGCUGGUGGACAAGUUCUAUGAUUAUGAGAAACAGCAGAUGAUGAAAGAUCGGACCUCUAGGUUAUUUGAAAGGAAGUAUCAUGAAUCGGAACAGGCGAAGGAGAAAGGUGGUGGAAGUGGAGAUGGUGGAAAUGGCAAGGCAGCGAAGAGCGAUGGGUACACUUUUGUGACUGGUGAUAAUGAGGAGAGAAACGAACGGUCGUUGCCAUUGUCUAGUGGGUAUAGGAGCUUUGCUUGGAGUGCCACCAGGGUGGCUGCCGCGCUGAUCACGCUAAUCGUCGACGAUCAUAUGAGCAGCAGGCACAGCUGGGCUCUAUCGCAAGCGAAGCAUCUUUCCCGGUUGGUUUCGAUUUCUAAAGCGCCACACAAAGCCCAUACAGAUACAGAACAGUUCGGUUUGGUACAACAUGCACGCUUCAUCAUGAAGUGGUUGCCCGUGAUUUUGGUGUUCGUCGCGACCAAUUCAGUUCCGUUAACGUGUUCCAUGGCCGUCGAUUCUUCGGAUGAAGGAGUGAAAAACAUUACAAGUUCAGUUAGAAGCGCUGCGUUGGACAUUGUGACCAAUUUUAGAAACUGUUUCGCCGAUAUUGGGUUCAUGGACUGUGUGAAGAACAUUAUUGUGCGAGUGUUGAACAAUGGCAUCAACAGCAACGCCGUAGUGCGAGUGACUCGAUAUCUGGUGAUAAGGAAGAAUCCUGGUUUUGCGCUUACGGAAGUCAACGAACGAACUCCCGUUGAUUGGCACACGCUUCUAUCUAAGCUGCGAGAUUUCCUCGAUUCGCGAUCAAUUCAGCUUAGCUUAGUCGUUCCGGAUGGGCGAUCCAUGAAUUCGUCCGACUCGGAGGCGCGUGGCAAGAAGCACAAACACAAGCAGCAGGGCGGAAUGUACAUGAUGGGUGGCGUGGCUUUCAUGGCGAUGAUGGCCCAGCUGGUUCUGGGGAAGGUGGCCCUCCUGGCGGCAAUGGCCCUGAUCAUGGCCAAGAUCGCACUGGUGUUCUCGACGCUGGUAAAUAGCCUUGGAUAUCUUUUUCGCUCGAUAAAGUGGUCGCAGAGUCACUGA